CGUACAACCAAUCAUUGCAUUGGAACUAUGCACAAAUUCUACCUUUUUUACUGUCUGCUUAAAAAUAAAAAUAUGCAAGAUGGCUGCGCCCAUGACUGUCAUGUGAAUUUCACCAAGGAUAAGGUUCAGAUCAUCAAUAAGGAUGUCCUCAGAGCCAGAGACAGCCACCGGUACCGCCCCUAAGGAACCGUCACAAUCUAGACUGUGUGUCCAUAACUUCACUGAGACGAUUUGCGAGCAGCAGAUUCACUUCCAUGUUCUCCGCCUGAAAGACAGCUUUUUGCUGUGGAUCGGACAGCAGCCAGCAAACAUGUCCAAUCUAGCUGUUGCGCUUCACACAAAUGUUGACCCUAUUCCAAGUGCAUCGCUGUUAAUGGGAGAAAUAGCAGAUCCGGUUUCAACAACACUAGCCCAGAAACUAGCCAAACUCACCGGGAAACAAGUGUUUGUGAGCUGUGACCUGCCACAGGACCGGAUGUUACUACCAUUAGUGGAGGCAAGAAUCACCAACGAACUCAAGGCUGCCCCGGACAAGUUCUACUUUUGAUUGCCCGGCAUGGACCAAACUUGAAAGAUAUCACAGGAUUUAGCCUCUGGAAGGCCCCAAUGGGUAGGUGGAACAAUGGGGAAGGUAGUGGGAGCAGUGGUGUAACUAGGGUUAAGCUUCUAGGGGGAACCUCCCCCCCCCCCCCUCUUGGAGGCCAAACCCACUCAAAUAUUCUCGCCCAUUUUUUUGCACCUUCUUGUAUAGGGAGAUAUGCCCCUCCCACCAAAGUGAAAAAGAUAACACUCCAUUUCUGAAUGUUUUCUCAGUGUUUGGGAAUUCGCUAUAAAGCAGAAUCUGGGAUCCAUUUACACAUUGGCGCCAGAACCUUUCGAUGGCUGACAAACAUUCCCACAUAACAUUUGACAAAAUGGAAAAUCCUUUUGUUGCUGUUAACAAAUCAAUUGUGUACAUAAAAAGAAAUAAGUAAAUCAUGGUUUGGUAAGAAUUCCAUACAUGGACAUCACUAAUUUCUCCCUGCAGUGACCUAUCAGCUAUCAGAAAGCAAUAAAUGUCCUUUAAAUUCAAAUUUAGCAGGGAAUAUAUUGAAGCGUUUACUGAGAAAACACUUUGAAUUUUUCAGACCAGUCUCAUAGGGUUUGUGCACAGGGUGUCAAGUGAUGUCCAGGUAUGGCACUCUUUCCCAUGGUUCUGUUACUUUCAAUACUUUCAUGUUAUACUCUCGUGAGUACUUUGAAUAUCAUCAAGAAAGCAAGAGUUACGUGUUUUAAGUGUUUAUUGUCAUUUAACCUUCAAAUGAAGUUACUGCAAAGGCUGCCGAGAAAACUAGGAGAAAUUAUUUCCCAUCAAAACAUUUCACCCCAAAGCACAUCACACUGGAGUAUUCUCUAAUGCUGUCCUGAAAAAAAAGCUAACUUUGAGAGAUUUUUAUUUAUAAUUAUCAGUUAUUCUACUGAAAUUCAAAAUAAAUAAACUUGUUAGAAUGUUGUUUCUUAAAA